AAAUUAAAAUUUGGAGGGAACAGACCAUGAAGUAUGCUUCUUUGAUAUGUACCCACUAAAACAAUAUCUGGCGGGAAAAUGUCCGUGCAGUCCUUUCACUUUGUCAUAUAAAACCCUAAUUUAUACAUUUUUAUUUUUGAUUCUCUUCCAAAUUCUUUCCUUUCAUUGUAAAUCUCCAUCAGAUCAUAACUCUCUUUAACAACCAUUGAAACAAAAGCAGGUGCGGACUGUGGAGCUUAGUUUUUUUUGAUUUAUUUGAACUGUUGGUUGGAAAAUGGAUAAUACUUUUGAAGAUGAGAAUGAGCAGACUUUAACUAUGGAUGAGUAUCUUAAUAAGCUUGAAGCCGAGGAAUUGGAAGCGGAUUUGAUUUUGGGUGGAGAUGAGGGCAAAGAAUGCACCUAUAAUGCAGGUUAUAUGAAGAGACAGGCAAUUUUCUCAUGUCUGACUUGCACUCCAGAUGGCAAUGCUGGAGUUUGCACUGCUUGCAGCUUGUCCUGCCACGAUGGCCAUCAGAUUGUAGAGUUAUGGACCAAAAGAAAUUUUCGGUGUGAUUGUGGAAACUCAAAAUUUGGGGAGCUUUUUUGCAAGCUUCUUCCGCUGAAAGAUGUAGAAAAUGAAAAGAACUCGUACAACCAAAAUUUUAAAGGUUCAUACUGCACUUGUAGCCGGCCCUAUCCUGAUCCAGAAGUUGAAGAACAGGAAGAGAUGAUUCAGUGCAUUAUAUGUGAGGACUGGUUUCAUGAAGAGCAUCUUGGCCUUCAGUCUUCCAAUGAGAUUCCAAGAGAUGAGGAAGGAGAGCCUCUCUAUGAGGAUUUCAUAUGUAAGACAUGCUCAGCAAAUUGUUCUUUUCUAACACUAUAUCCUCAGACUAUAUGGGCAGUAGGGGCCCAGAGCAGUGAUUCUACUGCUAACACUAGCAAGGACAAAACUGUGUUAGAAGAUAGUCCUUCAGCUUGUGGAUCAGGAAAGCUCGAGAAUGGUGCUUGUUCUCAUGGCUCUGAAAAAGACAAUACAAUGGUUAGUGAUGACAAUGGUGUUGUCUCUGUUGCCAAGGCAUCUGCUAUCGGAGAGACUUCUGAGAAGAAUAUUAAUUCAAAUCAAAGUACAAAAGAUGCCAACGUCCAGGCUACUUGUGUUCUUGGAGCUGAUGUAGUGUCUUUGUCACCUGUUCGAGAAAGUAAACCACUGUUUCUUGCCAAAAACUGGAGAGAUACUCUCUGCAAAUGUGAUAAAUGCUUAGAUAUGUAUAACCAGAAGUGCAUGAGUUACCUGCUUGACAAGGAGGACUCAAUUGCUGAAUACGAGGAAAUGGCGAAGGGGAAGAGGGAACAAAAGUUGGAGCAACAGGAGGGUGCUGAGCUUAGCUUUCUCAAUAACCUGGGUCAUAUCGAGAAGAUGGAGAUAUUGACCGGCAUUGCAGACUUUGAGGAGGAAUUCCGUACUUUUCUGGGGUCACGUGACUCAUCACAGACAAUCACAUCUUCUGAUGUCCGCCAGAUUUUUGAUAACCUUAAAAAGAAGCGCCGGCGCAUGGAGUAAGUCGUCCUCUUGUUUGUCUAUGAAUCUAAUGUAACCGCUUCUUUAGUUGGUCCUAGACAUCAACCUUAAUAUAGAACAUUUUGAAACCUGGGCUUUGGCUGUUGGAUAUAAUGGAUCAAGUGGAAUGAACCAUCUGGGACUGUAGAAUUAUGUAUUUGUUCACCUUAAAUCUUAUCUUGGAUUUUGGUA